AAUGGCCUGAGAGCAGAUGAGAGCGAGCGAGCGAGCGUGCGAGAGAGAGAGAGAGAGAAAGAGAGAGAGCGAGCAGCCUUUUAUAGGGUACUUAUUGCUUGGCGUUGCCAUGGUAAUGGCUCUUCUCAUAGAGACGCACAACAGCUAACCCCUGCCUGUGCGCACAUCCACAUCUGCGCUAACAACGAGUCCGUUAACGCCACGAGCACGAGCCGCAUCUCAGGGCAGACAGUCGUUACGAUGCUGCUUUCUCAUGUUCAGCUCUGAGUCCUCUGUGAUCAAUACAUGAUUCUCCCUCAGGAAUAUAAAAAAGGCUAAUUUACUUGGAAUCCCGUUGUCCGUGCUGCCCUCAAAGGAGCCAAGAAAAAGGCUUAGAGGUGAAUGAGAGCGAGCGACUCGUGAAAGAGAAAGGACUUCAUACAGUAUCUACACAGUGUAAUUAACAGUCUGCAGCAGGAAGAACAGGUGAACACGCACUCAUGCAGCGUGAUUCAUGGCGCUCAAGGGAAUUCCUUAGAAAAACGAAUGGCAUGAUUGCACAACUUCAUACCUUGAAUCCUUUUUGUACAAAUGCAACACAUGCCCUGGAAGUUGUUGAUGAUGUUUUGUCUUAGUUGGACGUAUUUCACAACUUCCACCAAUCCAUGCCCAAAGUGGAUCAAGCUUCAAAGAAGCAACUCAGACACAAUUAAAAAGACAAGAAGGGCGUUUGCUGCUGUAACUGAGUUGUGUUACUUCUUACGCCGCUUCAGACCUGCGACGCAGCAAGUUGUGAGGAUCAGCAGCGUUGGGAGUGUCACACGCAUCUGUGUGAUGUUAUAUAACCUGAUAAACAACAAACAGUGAUGUAUGGAAAGCAAGACGAGGCUGAUUCACCUCCUAAACCUGUCCGGUGAUAAACAGCCACGCGCCGCGGCUCUUCCGUGUACUUGUGUGGCGUCGGAGCGUCAAACAUUAACCCGGGCCUAAAUCAAACACGGAGCCCACUCGCCCCCGCGCGCUCCUCCUCCUCCCGGCACGCGCGUCGUGUUUGAGCAGCAGGACUGAGGAGCGUGUGAACCCCGGGGCUGCCUUCGUUCGGGCCGAGCGCGGGGGAGAUGCGGGUCGACGGGCCACAGCCGAGCGGCGCCAUGCACCCAGCGGCGGAAAAUGGCUCCUAGCAGUGAGUAACGGACUGGUUUACAGUGGGAGCACUGGUGUUACUGGUUUAUACCCAGGCAGCGUGGCGACACCUCACACAAUGCUAAUGUCAAGCUAAUGUGGAUCCCAUGGACUUUGCUGGUGGGGGGGAGUGGACCAUACGCAGUGUGACAUCAUUUUGUUUUCCUCAGAAAAGUCAACGUCAUAAAAGCAGAUCAAACAUUUCCCUGACAUGUUUCGAAGUCUCCUCGUCUGUGGAAGUGAAAGCAGUGGGCGUAGGACAUGAAUGAAGUUAGAUCUGCCUCAGCGACUUGCUGGGGCGAAGCCUGCGUGUGGGAGGUUUGUCGCGAUAAGAGGACGGGGCAGCACCUGGCACGAGGGCGUCAGGCGGCGAGCGGGACAUACGAGCGCGUGAAUGCAUGCGGGUGCGGCGACGCACACCAGCCGGAUGGAAGCGCGACACUCACCCCCCCUGUGUGCGCACGUAGGGCCGCUGCUGCUGCUGCUGCUGCUGACCGGACCGGGCUGCUCCCACCUGCCCGGGGUCCAGGGCAAACCCAGCGACUUCUGGUGCGACCACCAGCACAGGACGGACAUGCAGAACAUGACUGAGCGGCUGGCGAGACGCACGGCCGGCUGCACAGACUUGGACUCUCUGCCUGCUCCCAUUCAGCUGCCAUGCGUUUCAAUACAAGCCGCCGCCUGGGCAAAUAAAAGCGUGCAGCAGAAGAGUGCUGAGGUGAUGGGGGCCCUCCAGGUUUUUCAUGAAGGACUUCAGGGGCCAAAGAAUCAGACCUCAUCCCGUGCGUGUCUGAGCACGUUGUCGAAGCUGGAGACUCGCAUCAGCAAUUACAUAGCUAUAGUCAAACUUGUCUACAAACAGAAUGGCGCUUCCCAGGUUUCCGUAGACCGCUGUUCAUCUGUAAACAGCCUAAACCAAGUGCUGCGUCAUUUUGGAAAACUACUCAAGGUGAAACUGGAGGCUCUUGCCUUUGCUCUCAAUGACAGUAUGUGUAACGGCGACCAGAGGACAUUAAAUGGACGCUGAAGUUGAUUUAGUAAAGGGACAUAUGUUUAUUUGCGCUAUGGUGCUGCCUGAGGAAAUGGACCCAGACUGUUCUGAAACCAGGAGCACAAUGCAGACUGAGCGGGACCGUCAGGCUGAUGCCGGCCCACCAGGAAAACGCUGGGCCCAGACCUGCACGCAGAGCUGCUUCAUGGACGGGAUUAAUGGCGGAGACAAGGACACAUGCGGUGACACAUGAGGCUAAACGGUUGCGGUUUGGAGUCAGGCGUAGAAUGAAAAAGCCUCUGAAAAGCCAAGUGAUGACUGUUAGAGCCAGAACAAAUGUAAAAGCACUGUUGCUGUGGGAGAAGAGAAUUUAGGCAGUGCCAAGAAGAUGAUUCAAGAAGGGUUUAAUACAAUUAAUACAAUGUUUGAUUGUGUUUGAUUGUGUGCUUAUUGCUUUGAGAUUUGGUGGAUAUUUUAUUUACUGACUUAUUUAUUCAAGACUUGAAAAUAAUUCAAAUGGUGAAUGUAGUCACAUUAAUGAUUCAUAUACUGUAUGCACAGCGUAUGGUAUAAAAUACUGACUGUAAGUAAGAAAGAAAUGUUACAAAUAUUGUUAUUUUGUUUAUUUGCUAAUUCUGUGCUUCUGGGAAAUUAGAAUGCAAAUAUGUCUUUGUGUUGGAUCAAAUCCUCCUCCUCGUUCCGUAUGAAUGCCAGGGUACGAACAAUGACUUUCUGAUGUUUAGCGUAUGUGACGUUACCUGUGAUAAUAUUCCUUGUUUUGCGAGUUAGCCAACUAACAUUGGCUAAUUAAACACAAACUACAACUGA